CUUUUUUAGUCUCACUCUAAAAAAAUCGAUAAAAUUCGACUGCUUUAUUAGUGAUCAUAACGUACAGGACAUUUGAACAAAAAGAAGAAAAUGGCAGGGAAACUUUCAGUUGUUGACAAGAAACAACUAGAAUGCUUUAUACAGGCGGACCAAAAGCAAUUUGAUUUGUUGUAUAGCUUUACUAGAGAUGGUGCCGAUGCGUCAACAUUUCAUCAACUUUGUGACAAGAAAGGCCCGACAGUGACUGUUAUUUAUAACACUCAAGGUACAGUGUACGGGGGCUUUACUGAGAAUAGUUGGACCUCUGAAAGUGGGGUAUAUGUAAGGGAUGAUCAUGCCUUCCUUUUCCGAUUACAACACAAUGGAGACCGUAACCCGGCGAAGUUCCCCGUGAGAAAGCCCGAAUAUGCCAUUCGCUGCAAAAACACACAUGGGCCAAUAUUUGGAGCAGACAUUAACACGUUCGAGGGAGCACUGACACAGGAGGAAGACAGUCAGUUUACGUUGAAUGGCGAAUUUACAUACCAUAAUUCUUAUGACAUGAGGGCAUGUUCAAUCGGGCAGUUUUCUAACGAUUCUUUAACUAUCACAGAUUUGGAGGUAUACAGUGUAUCUGAUGCAGUACCCUUGCCAACUUGGAGACAGAUUGGCGGUUGGAAGAAACAGAAUUUAGAACAUUUGAAGAAUGAAAUCGAUGCGUGGUCCCCACCCCACGGGAUUGGAUUGAAAACAGCAAACAUUCUCUUCCUUGGUCCGGUUGGUGCUGGAAAAUCAAGUUUCUUCAAUACAAUUUCCUCAAUCUUUCGAGGUCAUGUGACUGGACAGGCUGUUUGCGGUAGUGCGGAACAGAGUAUUACAUCAAAGUACCGCAUGUAUCGUGUGCGGGGCUCCGCUCUGACAGAGCCAUUGAAAUUUAGGUUGUGUGACACGAGAGGGAUUGAAGAAAAUCAAGGUAUGGAUGGUACGGAGCUCAAUUACCUUUUGGCGGGAAAUGUUCCAAAUGGAUACCAGUUUAAUCCAUCAACCCCGAUUUCCCCCGACACAACUGGAUUUGUCUCCUCACCGACAUUAAACCACAAAAUUCAUUGUGUUUGCUUUAUAAUGGAUGGAACCACCGUGUCGGUUAUGUCAGAGAAAAUGUUAGAAAAGAUUAAGGCCCUCCAGAGUAAAGUUCGACAAAAAGGCCUGUCACAAGUAGUCCUUAUUACUAAAAUCGACAAAGUCUGUUCUAAUGUAGAGGAAGAUGUGUCCACAGUGUUUCAGAGCGAUACAAUACAAGAGCUUGUUGAUACGGUUUCCAACAUUCUUGGUAUUCCCAGGAGUCAUGUGCUACCAGUUAAAAAUUAUGAAAAGGAAAUCAACGUGAGGGAUGAUGUAAGUUUACUAGCGCUUCAUUCAUUGCGACAGAUUCUCCGGGCAUCUGAAGAUUUUAUGUUCAACCUUCUUGAUAUGCUGGACGACGAAAGGGAAACGAAAGGCUCUGAUUCGACGGAAUGAUCUUAAACAUGAAGUCAUAGACACUUGGUUUCGGGAUAACAACCCGUUUGAGAGGUUUGUAGAGCUCAAAUUUAAUUGAAUGUAACGAUUUUUUUAUCGUAGAUGUCUCUUUUCUAAGAUUGUCAUUUUUUUCCGAUGUUAGUAAAAGAAAAGAACAAGUUAUAUCAUGGAAACGUCGGAGACAAUUAAAAUAUAUUCAAUUAAAAUUUGAGUUCUACACACCUCUCAAAAGGGUUUUUAAGACGAAACCGAGUGCCUUUGCAUGAAUUGUAACAGUCGCGAGACCUGUACUGACGGUGUAUUUGUUUUGAAAUAUUAAAUUAUGAACUUACUUUUGAUAAAUGAUUAUGAUAAGAACGCAGGAUCUAUAUUUAUUAACGGUAAAUUCUAUUUGUAUUGCUUUCUAUUUUCGGUUUAUGUUCAGGAAAAUGACUAUAUGUAUGUAAUGGGAAUGACUUAGAAUAUUUUCAUACUAGGUUCAUUUUGUUUGAAUUCUAUGGACCACGCACAGAGCAUUAUAGACCGCAUUUCAUUGGAGUGCUCUCGAAAAAAAUUCUCUUACUUAUAGCAUGUACACGUUUUACAGUCGUAACUAUUACGUCAUAUCAAUGAAGCAGAUGGUAGAAUCGUGAUAUUUUGAAUGUUAUAGAUCAAAAUUUUCUAAUACAAGUGUUAUCAACCAUCUUGAAAAAAACAUGUAUUGAACUUCUAUGACAAAGUCGCGUUGAUAUUUAAAAUACAAUGAAACAUAUAUAAACAUUAUGCAUUAAAAUCGUUCUUUUUUCCAAAUUUUUAGAAAUAGAUUAAUUGA